UUGCCCACAACUGCAGGAGUCCUACCCUGCCCUGGCUUGUUUGGAGUUACUCAUGUGCCAGCACCCUUGCCCGUCCCUCUGUUGAGCUGUCUCGGGAUCCUGUGCGCUGUCCCUGCCCUACACUGUUUCAUUCAGCACUUUCUCUUCUCUCUCUCUUUCUUUCCUGUCCCUUUAACUUUUUUGUAUUUUUCUCCCUCCUUUGGUGAACUUGAAGCACUUCUCCUUCCUUGUGCUGCUUUGUUCUCCUGUAUCCUCCAUAUCUCCCUGAGUCUCUGCAUUUUCUCUCUAUGCUGCUGAACCUCCUAACUUCAACUGCUUUAUUUACAAAUCUUCAGCUUUCCCCACCUUUCCUCUAACACUUCUCCUCCUCCUGCCCCCCCAAAUGCCAGACUUCUACCCAUAGUUGGGGUUGGUCCAAACAUUCUCCUCCAUCUUUGCUCAUUUUUGGCCCAAGGAUGUCAGCCUUACAGAAGCUGGAGAAUUUGGCCUCCCGGGUAUUCAGCCGUGGGCCUCGAGGUCCUGCCCCGGUGCCCCCUGCCAGCGCUGGCCCCCAGGCACCCUGCCUGCCAUGCAACGUACUGAGCUGGGAACGGGAGAUGAAAGAAUUUCUGGCAAAAGCAAAAGAAGAUUUUCUGAAAAAAUGGGAAAAUCCAGCACAGAACACAGCUCACCUGGAACAGUUUGAGCGCAUUAAAACUCUUGGCACUGGGUCAUUCGGGCGAGUAAUGCUGGUCAGGCACAAAGAAAAUGGCAGUCACUUUGCUAUGAAGAUCUUGGACAAGCAGAAGGUGGUGAAGUUGAAGCAGAUCGAGCACACUUUGAAUGAGAAGCGGAUACUGCAGGCUGUGAAUUUCCCAUUCCUCGUGCGGCUGGAGUAUUCCUUUAAGGAUAACAGCAAUCUGUAUAUGGUCAUGGAGUAUGUCGCCGGUGGGGAGAUGUUCUCUCAUUUGCGCAGAAUCGGGCGCUUCAGUGAACCUCAUGCACGCUUCUAUGCAUCCCAGAUUGUAUUAACUUUUGAAUAUCUGCACGCCCUGGAUCUUAUAUACAGAGACUUGAAACCCGAGAAUCUCCUCAUAGACCAGCAGGGAUACAUCCAGGUGACGGAUUUUGGCUUUGCAAAGAGAGUGAAAGGGAGGACCUGGACCCUGUGUGGGACACCAGAGUACCUGGCGCCAGAAAUAAUCCUUAGCAAGGGUUAUAAUAAGGCAGUGGAUUGGUGGGCCCUAGGAGUCCUGAUUUAUGAGAUGGCUGCGGGGUAUCCUCCCUUUUUCGCUGAUCAGCCCAUUCAGAUCUAUGAAAAAAUAGUAUCGGGGAAGGUCCGGUUCCCCUCUCACUUUAGCUCCGACUUGAAGGAUCUCCUCAGAAACCUUUUGCAAGUCGAUCUGACUAAGCGAUUUGGGAAUUUGAAGAAUGGUGUGACAGACAUCAAGGGACACAAAUGGUUCAGUACCACGGACUGGAUUGCAGUCUACCAGAAAAAGGUGGAAGCUCCCUUCAUCCCUAAAUGUAAGGGUCCCGGAGACACAAGUAAUUUUGAUGACUAUGAAGAAGAAGAGAUCCGAGUUUCAAUCACAGAGAAGUGCGCUAAGGAAUUCUCUGACUUCUAAUUUGCACCGGGAAAGGCGGAGCAGUCACCAAACACUCCCCCCAAGCAAGAGAGAGCGUUGGCGCGAGCACCACUGACAGGCACACAACCACCUCUUCCCUUUCACACUACCCUCCUUCCAAGCUUUUAAUUAGUGGUGCAGAUCAGACAUGGCGGCCAUCCUGUUUUAUCUUGGAUCUGGUGGUGCUGGUUCUGAUUGGGCCUGGAGAUCCCCAAGUCUCUCUCUCCCCCACUUCCCCACACUUUUGUUUCUCUCUCUGACAGAUUUGAGGGGCCAAGAAUUAUUUAAACAUGUGACUGGUUCCUCUGGGGUAGAGUCAGAACCUUGGGGGCAGAGCCUCAGCCCUCAGGGGGCGGGGCCUGGUUUCUUUUUUUUAACCAUUUUCAUCUGAGCAAGCCGGCCACUGGUUUUUAUUGAUUAAUUGACAUAGUAUAUAAACGUCGAACUGUUUUAAUCUGAACCUCUUCCUCCCCCCAUCAGCCUUCUCUUUCUCCAUAACCCAUUGUAGAAGGAUUUUUAAAUUCAAUGUGCCAGUUUUACCCAAAAAAAAUCUCCAUUUUUUUUUUUUUUUGUCUUUAACCCUAUGUUUCAGCAUCCGUGGUGUCUUUCUCUUGUCCUUGAUAACUUUUAAGAAAAAAAAAAAAAAAAAUUCCCGACCCUCUGCUCUGAUACUAAAGCUAGAAAUCCAGUCCUUGCUAUGAAUUGCAUCACUUGAGCGUAACCACUCUCGGGGCGUUUCCGGUUGGACUUGGCCGUCGUUACGCCUUACAUUCUUCCUGGGGGGGGUACAAGGAGAGGCAGCGCAGCACAAUUUUCCCUUUACGCCUCAGUAUUAAUCGCAUUUACCUGAGCAGGUUCUAUCCGGGUGUCACAUGGUUAGCGAGAGCCAAUGAGACUGACGUUGUCACAUGACGUAAUUAAUGGGCACAACAUUCCGUAUUGGUGCUGUGACCGGAUAGCGGCCAUCUUAGUCUCGGUGUUGGGGAGUUGAAGCCAUUGAAGUGCUUUCUGAAUGGUUUCCCUCCAUGUUAAAUGCUUAUUCUCCAUCAGAUCAGAAGGAGCAGCUAAAUGGGUGGGGCCUGAGAAAGUUCUAUAUAUUUAUAUAUGUGGGUGCAUAUAGCCUUUACGGAUUUGCCUAUACCAUGUGACGCGUUCAUGUUGGAUUGUGGGUAGGCAGAGGGUUUUCCUUCGGGCAGACAUUAGGAAUGAGCGAUUGCAAUUGGUGGCUUCUGCACCCAAUAAAGCGCCUGAUUUAUAACUGCAGCCUUGCAUAGUUUCCCUUUAAUAAAAGAUUGGACGGUGACGUUUGUGUCCAUUCCCCCCCCGUGGCUUCUGCGAUGAUAUUCAGCCAAUCACUGCUCAGCGGGUAGAAUGUGCCGGGCUACAGGAGGAGAGUACAGCAGCCUCUAUCCUCUGUGGCCCUUCUAACCCUAAUUCUUUACAUCACGUGUCUCUUGAUCUUCCUUUAGUUUUUAUAUGAAUGGAAUGCUAUUAUAAUGUAACGUGCACAGCACUUGUGUGUGUGUGGGGGGGGCGCUCAGCGCAGGCCAAUGAAAGACGGGCUCGUUAGGGGGUGACGCUGCGUAUACGGAUCCCUGAGGCUCUGCUUUUAUACAGGGGCUAAUUCUGAGGGCCUCCUACGGCGUAGAUUGUCAGCUGUGGGACAUAUUGGGGUGCCAAUAGUUGCACCUCUUUAAUAACUGAAGUGCCAACAUUUGGCUUCUGCUACCCUAAACUAUUUCAUGUAACGUUCUUCUAUAAUCUAUGGAAUCUGGCCGGGGCCCGGCACCUGUCGGCCUUCCACCCAGCACCCCAUGGCGGCCGUUGUGGCCAAUAAGGCGAGUCGCCUGUAGGUGGGACCUACCUUCUUAGACAGGAAGCCUGCAGCCCCGGCGGGUAAAUGACCCUAAACACCCGCUUCUCAGACCUACACGUGAAGGUCAAAUAUCUCUUAACCCCCGCAGUAAUAUUCACAUAUGUAUCCAAUCAGACGAGGGCACCCUCACAGUCAUAGAUGGUGGGAGAAACAGGGUCAUUUUGGGGCAGAUCUGUGACUUUCAGUUAAGUUUUUCACUUUGAACCUAUUACAUAUAUAUACAUACAUACAUGCGUAUAUACAUAUAUAUAUAUAUGUGUGUGUGUGUGUAUAUGUUCUAGUUAUUAUGGCACUCACUUCUUACAUGUGUUAUACUGUAAACAUUUGAGACAAAUUACAAAUAAAGUUUUGUUUAAAAAAAAAAAA